AUGCUGUUGGAGAUGGUGGUUCCUGAUUAUAUAACUCUAAAUGGUUUGAUUUGUUCUUGUGCUCGGUUUUAUGAUGCUGAGAUGGGAAUUCAGUUGCACUAUUUUACAGUGAAAGUUGGAUUUGAUUUGGAUUGUUUUGUUGGCUGUGCUCUUGUUGAUUUAUAUGCGAAAUGUGUUUUUGUUGAAAAUGCUAGGAGGGUGUUUUGCGUUGCUCCUUUUAGAGAUUUGGUUACGUGGAAUGUGAUGAUUUCUUGCUACACCUUAAAUUGUUUACCAGAAGAGGCUUUUAGCAUGUUCAAUUUGAUGUGGUUGGAUGUUGCGAACGGGGACGAGUUCACUUAUUCACAACUAGACUUAUUUAAUCCUGCACAUACAAACACUGUUUUUGAAAAUAUUGAACAUGUCUCCGAACAAAAUAGCCACAAGCAAGGAGGGGAUAUCAGGUUACAUGCUAAAACAGAAGGUGUAAAUGACAAAGAAAUAUCUGAGAAGACGGGAUUAGGAACCAUUCAGAUACUCGCAGAUGCUUUGCCUAAAAUUGUUCCAUAUGUCCUUAUCAACCAUCGCGAGGAGCUCCUUCCUCUAAUAAUGUCACAAGGGCGCAUAGACCGAGUGUAUGCGAUUGUCCGUGAUAUGACUGCAGCUGGUCUGGGAUUAAACAAGUUCUGCUAUGCUGGGCUUAUAGUUGCACACAAGAACAAAACACCUUUUACGGAUGAUUUUGAUGCAAAAGUUACCGAGUUUGUGGAGAGGUCGAAGAUAUGGUCUUCAGUAGAAACCGACAGUGCCAAUGCUGAGAAUGCGAUGGUGGGUGUUACUGAUGAGGAGUUAUAG